CAUUGCAGGGAGAGAGUCAAAGGGGACUUUGCUCUUUGCAGUCUUUGGGAAACAACAGAUUAUUUACAGUGGAUGUUGCUUUUGCAUUAAUCACUUGCGUUGACUAUACACAGUGUACAAUGUCUUCUGCUGACAAAGCUGCAUCCUCAACCAGUGAGUCAUUAACGCAAGAAAAUGUCAUCAAAAGCUUAACAUUCCUCAAAGAUUUUCCUCCAGGACCUCUAGAUGCUUACAGAAAAGAUGCUUCAUUUAACUGGAAGGAGAUGGCUCUUUUCCUGGAAGGGGAAGAUAUACUGAGAUUCAAGUACAAAAUCUUCAAAACCCUGGAAAAUGACCCAGUGUUUUCUAAGGGUUACGAAACACUGCCAUUGGAGAAACAAAGAGAACUGACUUUCAGGCGUACACAGCAUGUCUCUGCCUAUGAUUUUCUGCCAGAUGACGAAUUAUUUGCUAAUCCCUUAAAAUACAAAGCUUUUACUGAAGCUCUUGGCAUGUAUGAUUGGACUGUGAGUGCCAAAUUAAAUUUAAACAUUGAGAUGUUUGCUGGUACAGUACGCAACAUGGGGUCUCAGAGGCACACAGAGUUUGUGGAGAACAAUAAAGCUAACCAGAACUUUGGAUGCUUCAUUCUGACAGAACUCAGUCAUGGCAGUAACACAAAAAACAUGAGGACAACAGCCACCUAUGACUCAAAGACUCAGGAAUUUGUUAUCAACACACCAGAUUUUGAAGCUACAAAAAUUUGGGUGGGAAAUUUAGGCAAACAAGCAACACAUGGUAUACUGUACGCACAACUGUACACAGAGGAUGGGGUCUGUCAUGGCCUGCACACCUUUGUGGCACCACUGCGUGACCCCAAGACUCUGUUGGCACUGCCUGGUGUCUUGGUGGGGGAUAUGGGUGAAAAGAUCGGCCUCAAUGGCUUGGACAAUGGCUUUGUUGCAUUCAAUCAGUUCCGUAUUCCUCGAGAUAAUUUGUUGGAUAAAUUUGGUGAUGUUAAACCAGAUGGACAAUAUGUAACACCAUACAAGGAUCCAAACAAAAGAUUUGGUGCCUCCCUGGGUGCUCUGUCUGGUGGUAGGGUGGGGAUCACAGGGAUGGGCGUGGCCAACCUCAGGCUCUGUAUGCCCAUAGCCAUCAGGUACUCGGCUGUCAGGCGCCAGUUUGGGCCAGGCAAAGAUGAAAUUCCGGUGAUUGAAUAUCAACUGCAGCAAUGGCGACUAUUUCCAUAUCUGGCAGCUACUUAUGCCCUUGAAAAUUUUUCAACCUCCUUUUUCAUGGACUACGUGACUCUCCGUGUUGGUAGUAUGGUAGGAGACACAAGUCAAAGACAGGCUGACCUAGGCAGGGAAAUUCAUGCGAUAUCAUGUGCCAGUAAACCACUGGCUGGGUGGAUUGCCAGAGACGCCAUACAGGAAUGCCGGGAGGCUUGUGGAGGACACGGAUAUUUCAAAGUAAAUCGACUUGGUGACAUUCGCAAUGACCAUGACCCUAACAACACUUAUGAGGGGGACAACAAUGUCCUGCUGCAACAAACCAGCAACUACCUGCUCUCAUUUGUAGAUCAGGCUUUAGCAGGGGAGGCUAUCAACAGUCCGCUUGGCUCUGUAGAUAUUUUAUCCAAUCUUCCACAAAGACUCAAGUCUACAUUCUCAGCUAAAACAGUAGGAGAUUGCUUUAACCCAAAUGUGGCUUUGGAUGCCUACAAAUGGCUUGUGUGCUACUUCCUGGUUGAGAGCAACAGGCGACUGACUGAGCAGACUCAGAGUGGGAAAGAUUCAUUCACAGCCCGCAAUGACAGCCAGGCGUACUACUGCAGGUCACUGGCAUUAGCAUUCAUAGAGCAUGCAGUCCUAGACAGAUUUGUGAAGAUUUUAGCAGAGAAAAAUGACGAGCCAACACCCACUGUACUGAGACCAGUGUUAGGGAGAUUGUGUGCUCUAUAUGGGCUGUGGAGCCUAGAGAAACAUAUAGCAACUCUCUAUCAAGGUGGCUAUGUGUCUGGUGGAGAGGCACCGAGGAUGAUCAGAGAGGCCAUAUUACAGCUGUGCCAACAGCUCAAACCUGAUGCCAUUUCACUUGUGGACGCCAUCGCUCCACCCGACUUUAUUCUUGACUCUCCCAUUGGAUGUUCUGAUGGCCAGAUUUAUAAAAAUUUGUAUGGUGCUAUGCUUCAAGGGAGUAAAGCGCUAGAGAGACCUACUUACUGGCAAGAAGCCAUUAAUCCCCCUGCCAAAAGGCAAGUGGCCAAGUUGUGAGUCUGUGAUAAUCUUACAUGCAUGAAUGGUCCAGCUUUUAUUGUAAGGAAAUUUAAACUUAAAGACACUGUAGAAAUGUGCAAUAUAAGAUACUUUGAUCACGGUAAAUUUCCUUUUUUUUUUGUAACCUAAUAUGUACUUUUAAAUUUCUUUUUUCUUAGUACAUUUCUUUUCAUUAAUAAUUAAUAGAUAAAAGAUGAUGGAAUAUGUUUGUCGGAAAGAAAAUGAAGUAUUUUUUUACAAUUAUGUGAUUUGCUUUCUACAUUUAUAUUUUGACAGUAUGGCUAGAGACAUUGUGCAUCAAUGAUUUUGUUUACAAUUUUUUUACGAUUUUUAAAAAUGAUUUUUUUUAAUCUUGCCAAUAGGAUUUUCUUUUUUCUUAAUAUCCGUUUGAUCUAUUACUAAGAAUGACGUUGUAUGCAUCACAAGAUUUCUUCUGAGUUGUUUUUUUUCUGUUAUAAUUAGAAAUAUCAUUUAGCCUUGAAUAACUUCACAAAGUUUUUCUUAAUCUACAACCCACCAGUUUUUCUUGGAUAUAUUUUGUCCAAAUUAUAUUAAAUAGUAAACCACUCAGGGAGGUGUAGUAAUCAAAUAACAGUAAGGUUACCAUGGAGAUUAUUUAUAUACCGCUGAUCACAAAACAACCGAUACAUGUAUAUUGACAAAUGGCUUGGUCGAUGUUACUAAUUACUUGUGUAAAUUAAUGUAUAGUGACAUUUUUCUUUGCUACUUUUACAAGUUUGAUGUAUAUGAAAUUUUUUUUUUACACUUUAACAAGUUAAAAUUAAUAUGUGUUGGCAAAGGUUAAUUGUUGCAGAUUCGCAACAAGGUUGCAGCUUGCGUUGACAUUCCAUUGGCCAACAUAUCCAUUUGAGGGACUUUGUUUCUAGUAUAUCAUUAAAUGAACCUCUUAAUCUAACUAAUUACCCCCCCCCCCCCCCCCCUUCAAAUUGUUGGUGCUUAAUUGAUGAAUUUAAUUAGAAGAUCCCCAGCUGAUAGCUGCUUGUCAGUUGUCUGUAGACUACAUUGCUGGCAUAGAUGGUCUACAUAAAGUAUUGUUUGUAUACCUGUGUUAUUUGAUUAGUUAUUCUUCAUCAUAACUAAACAAAGGUGUUAAAAUUUAGUGCUCAAUUAAAACUUCAAUGAAAUAAUGUUCUCUGGUUUUUAGCUAUAGAAAAUUAUUUUUUAAAGAAAUAUUACACCUAACAGAUACUGGUUAUCAGUACAAUGGUGAAAAAAACAUGUUGGCUUUCUUAAAAUUAGUUACUUAAACUGUGCCAUAAUGAGUGAUAUGAUUGAUAAAACUGUGUUUUCAAUUUUGUUUUAUUUAAAAAUGUACUUUUUGGAAUAAAAGAAUUUUUUAAAACAUU